GAAAAAUUCUGAUCUCCUAAUUUACACAGUUUUUUCUGAAUCUUAGGUUCACCAGUUCUAGGGAGGAAUUCGGAGUUUGGAGUUGCAUCUUAUUCCUUUGGAUGGUGGUGGUUCUGCCCUAAUUCUUGCUUGUACUGACAAUCUCAAUUGAGGGAUGGCAGGAGUGAGGGAUAGAACCGAGGAUUUGAAGGACACUGUUCGCUCUGUAGCUCUUUCCCUAGAAUAUGAUGAGUCAAAAAUAGCUUCAAUACUAGCUUCUUUUAUUAUCCGCAAGCCAAGACAGAAGUCUCCCUUCACUAAAGCCACGUUGAAAACGCUUGAAAGUAUCGAAACCUUGGAUAAGUUUAUUGUGAAGCAUCGGAAGGAUUAUGUGGAGCGGCACCGGACAACUGAACAGGAAAGGGACAGCAUCGAGCAUGAAGUUGGGGUUUUUAUAAAAGCGUGCAAGGAGCAGAUAGAUAUUCUGCAAAGAAGGAUAAAAGAUGAAGAUAAAAACGGGACUUCAAGGCCAUGGCUUGGCGUUAUGGCUGAUAAUUCCCAAGCUGACAUUGUGGCUCACAGACACGGUGUGGUUUUGAUCCUCAGUGAGAGGCUGCAUGUGGUAACUGCUCAGUUUGACCAGUUAAGAGCCAUACGAUUUCAAGAAGCUGUUAAUAGAGCCAUGCCGAGAAAAAAACCGCAAAAAGUGUCCAUUUCACACUCAACGGAUGCAUCUAGAUCUGUACGUGCAGAGGUCAGGGAGCCAGACGAGUUUCCACCAGAACCUCUUAGGGUCCAGCAACAGCUCUUGGAUGAUGAAACACAGGCUCUUCAGGUGGAGUUGUCUAAUCUUCUGGAUGCUGUGCAAGAAACUGAAACGAAGAUGGUCGAAAUGUCUGCCCUAAAUCACCUCAUGUCCACACAUGUUCUCCAACAGGCUCAGCAGAUUGAGUUUUUGUAUGAGCAGGCAAUUGAAGCUACAAACAAUGUAGAAAUGGGUAACAAGGAGCUCACACAAGCCAUUGACCGCAACAGCAGCAGCAGAACCUUUAUUGUGUUUUUUAUAGUUGUUCUAACAUUCUCUGUACUUUUCCUUGAUUGGUACGACGGGCAACGAGACAAAUAGAUCUCUUCAGUUUGUAAUCCGCCUUCUAGUUUCUUCACUUUUUUUUUUUGUUCUCCUUAUCUCUGUUUACUUGGUUUUACUUAUAGAGGGCAAUGCCAAAAAUGAAACCAGAAGUGAAAAAGAGUAGAUUCAAUGAAAAUUAAGUUAAUCAACUUUC